AGAUUUUUACUGAAUUGCGUGCUUUGCAGAUUUUUGUUUGAUUCAAGCUGUCCAGAUUAUAAAUACUAUGAGUUUCAGCUUCUUGAGGAAGAAAAGGCGCUUGCACAGUUGAAAGAGUCCCAGGCAUCACAAGCUGCUAAUGCAAGUGCUUCAACGUCUAGAACAUCAAGUGGUUCUCAAAGGAGCAACACCCAACAACAUUCUGAUUACCAAACUCCUGCUUCGGCAUUAUAUGGGACUUACGAGGAGUUGGCAUCUGCAGGAACAGUCUCCAGUCAUGGUGAAUCCAGUGGACCUCUAGCUUCAGAUCCUAUAGCAAUGAUGGAAUUUUACAUGAAGAAAGCUGCAGAAGAAGAACGAAGGAGGCAACCGAAGCAGUCGAAAGAUGAAAUGCCACCACCUGCUUCUCUUCAAGCUCCUGGCAAGAAGGGCCAUCACAUGGGUGACUACAUUCCACCAGACGAGCUGGAGAAGUUUCUGGCUUCAUGCAAUGAUGCUGCUGCACAGAGAGCUGCUAGAGAGGCUGCUGAGAAGGAUAAAAUCCAGGCUGACAAUAUUGGACACAAGCUUUUAUCAAAGAUGGGCUGGAAAGAAGGCGAGGGGCUUGGCAGCGAUAAAAGUGGCCGUGCAGAUCCUGUGAUGGCAAGAAAUGUCAAAUUGAACAAUUUAGGUGUUGGUGCACAGGAACCUGGCGAGGUUGCACCAGAUGAUGACAUCUAUGAGCAGUACAAGAAGCGGAUGAUGCUUGGUUACCGUUAUAGACCAAACCCGCUGAACAAUCCCCGGAAAGCAUAUUACUAACGAAAGCAUCCAUGGACUAGUCAUGCUGCAAGACACCCAUAUAUGAAUGAUGGGGAGUUCUGUAUUUUCCAAUGCUCUUUGAAAAAGAGAAUUAUGAGUUAUAGGAAUUUUCUGGUACUCUGAUUAAUCAGAGUUUAUGUUCUGUAAGGAUAUCAUGCUUUCAAACUAGCAGGAGGGGAAAACAUAUGAGAAUUAUUUAGUCUUAUGAGAUUUGUUUCUUCUGCUUUUCCUUUGUCCUCUUUUUCUUCUUUUUCCUUCCUGUUGUUUCUCCCAAAUUUAACUUGUUUUGGUCUACUUGACUUCAAAUUUGUUAAUGAAAAAAAGAAUAGUCUGGUGCACAAGGCAGCCCUCAUCAUA